AUGAUGGCCGCCGCAGUGGAAGUGUGUGGAGGAGGAAGAGGAGGUCAGAGUGUGUGGAGGAGGAAGAGGAGGUCAGAGUGUGUGGAGGAGGAAGAGGAGGUCAGAGUGUGUGGAGGAGGAAGAGGAGAUCAGAGUGUGGAGGAGGAAGAGGAGGUCAGAGUGUGUGGAGGAGGAAGAGGAGGUCAGAGUGUGUGGAGGAGGAAGAGGAGGUCAGAGUGUGUGGAGGAGGAGGAGGAGGUCAGAGUGUGUGGAGGAGGAAGAGGAGGUCAGAGUGUGUGGAGGAGGACGAGGAGGUCAGAGUGUGUGGAGGAGGACGAGGAGGUCAGAGUGUGUGGAGGAGGAAGAGGAGGUCAGAGUGUGUGGAGGAGGACGAGGAGGUCAGAGUGUGUGGAGGAGGAAGAGGAGAUCAGAUUGUGUGGAGGAGGAAGAGGUCAGUGUGGAGGAGGAGGAGGUCAGAGUGUGUGGAGGAGGAGGAGGAGGUCAGUGUGGAGGAGGAGGAGGUCAGAGUGUGUGGAGGAGGAGGAGGUCAGAGUGUGUGGAGGAGGAGGAGGUCAGUGUGGAGGAGGAGGAGGUCAGAGUGUGUGGAGGAGGAGGAGGUCAGUGAGGAGGAGGUCAGAGUGUGUGGAGGGGGAGGAGGUCAGAGUGGAGGAGGAGGAGGUCAGUGUGGAGGAGGAGGAGGAGGUCAGUGUGGAGGAGGAGGAGGUCAGUGUGGAGGAGGAGGAGGUCAGAGUGGAGGAGGAGGAGGUCAGAGUGUGUGGAGGAGGAAGAGUGUGGAGGAGGAGGAGGUCAGAGUGUGUGGAGGAGGACGAGGAGGUCAGAGUGUGUGGAGGAGGACGAGGAGGUCAGAGUGUGUGGAGGAGGACGAGGAGGUCAGAGUGUGUGGAGGAGGACGAGGAGGUCAGAGUGUGUGGAGGAGGACGAGGAGGUCAGAGUGUGUGGAGGAGGAAGAGGAGAUCAGAUUGUGUGGAGGAGGAAGAGGUCAGUGUGGAGGAGGAGGAGGUCAGUGUGUGGAGGAGGAGGAGGUCAGAGUGUGUGGAGGAGGAGGAGGAGGUCAGUGUGGAGGAGGAGGAGGUCAGAGUGUGUGGAGGAGGAGGAGGUCAGAGUGUGUGGAGGAGGAGGAGGUCAGUGUGGAGGAGGAGGAGGUCAGAGUGUGUGGAGGAGGAGGAGGUCAGAGUGUGUGGAGGGGGAGGAGGUCAGAGUGGAGGAGGAGGAGGUCAGUGUGGAGGAGGAGGAGGUCAGUGUGGAGGAGGAGGAGGUCAGAGUGGAGGAGGAGGACGAGGAGGUCAGAGUGUGUGGAGGAGGACGAGGAGGUCAGAGUGUGUGGAGGAGGACGAGGAGGUCAGAGUGUGUGGAGGAGGAAGAGGAGAUCAGAUUGUGUGGAGGAGGAAGAGGUCAGUGUGGAGGAGGAGGAGGUCAGAGUGUGUGGAGGAGGAGGAGGUCAGUGUGGAGGAGGAGGAGGUCAGUGUGGAGGAGGAGGAGGAGGUCAGUGUGGAGGAGGAGGAGGUCAGAGUGGAGGAGGAGGAGGUCAGUGUGGAGGAGGAGGAGGUCAGUGUGGAGGAGGAGGAGGUCAGUGUGGAGGAGGAGGAGGAGGUCAGUGUGGAGGAGGAGGAGGUCAGAGUGGAGGAGGAGGAGGUCAGUGUGGAGGAGGAGGAGGUCAGUGUGGAGGAGGAGGAGGUCAGUGUGGAGGAGGAGGAGGUCAGAGUGGAGGAGGAGGACGAGGAGGUCAGAGUGUGUGGAGGAGGAGGAGGUCAGAGUGUGUGGAGGAGGAGGAGGUCAGUGUGGAGGAGGAGGAGGUCAGUGUGUGGAGGAGGACGAGGAGGUCAGAGUGUGUGGAGGAGGACGAGGAGGUCAGAGUGUGUGGAGGAGGACGAGGAGGUCAGAGUGUGUGGAGGAGGAAGAGGAGAUCAGAUUGUGUGGAGGAGGAAGAGGUCAGUGUGGAGGAGGAGGAGGUCAGAGUGUGUGGAGGAGGAGGAGGAGAGGUCAGAGUGUGUGGAGGAGGAGGAGGUCAGUGUGGAGGAGGAGGAGGUCAGAGUGUGUGGAGGAGGAGGAGGUCAGAGUGUGUGGAGGAGGAGGAGAGUGGAGGAGGAGGAGGUCAGUGUGGAGGAGGAGGAGGUCAGUGUGGAGGAGGAGGAGGUCAGUGUGGAGGAGGAGGAGGAGGUCAGUGUGGAGGAGGAGGAGGUCAGAGUGGAGGAGGAGGAGGUCAGAGUGUGUGGAGGAGGAGGAGGUCAGAGUGGAGGAGGAGGAGGUCAGAGUGUGUGGAGGAGGAGGAGGUCAGUGUGGAGGAGGAGGAGGUCAGAGUGUGUGGAGGAGGAGGAGGUCAGUGUGGAGGAGGAGGAGGUCAGUGUGGAGGAGGUCAGUGUGGAGGAGGAGGAGGUCAGUGUGGAGGAGGAAGGAGGUCAGAGUGGAGGAGGAGGAGGAGGUCAGAGUGUGUGGAGGAGGAGGAGGUCAGUGUGUGUGGAGGAGGAGGAGGUCAGUGUGGAGGAGGAGGAGGAGAGGUUUGUGGUGUGUUGUGUAGAGAGGUUUGUGGUGUGUUGUGUAGAGGUUUGUGGUGUAUUGUGUUGUGUAGAGAGGUUUGUGGUGUGUUGUGUAGAGAGGUUUGUGGUGUAUUGUGUAGAGAGGUUUGUGGUGUGUUGUGUAGAGAGGUUCGUGGUGUGUUGUGUAGAGGUUUGUGGUGUGUUGUGUAGAGGUUUGUGGUGUGUUGUGUAG